AUGAGAAUUACUGGUACAGGUCAUAUGGAUCAGUUUGUCAGGCACAGUGAGGACAUGAAUGCUUCUGUUCCUUCUGGAUUCCCAUCAUCACCUUCAGUGAAGCUGAAGCCAAAGCACAUACAUUGUGCAGAUGGAUCUCGAAGCUUCAGCUACAAUGCAGAAAGUCCUGGACUGCGGGGAACAAACAGGAGCUUUGGUUUGGAUCUCAGCCUUUUCUACCCCCCUGAGGAUUCAAAAUCACUUCAGCCUUUAAACCCAAAUAAAGGGAUUGUUUCUCUGGAGGAAGGAAGUCUGCAGGUCUUAACAGUGAACAAGGUAGCUUGCAGAAUCCUGGGGUACUCAGCACUAGAGCUUAGCACUUUAACUCUGAAGGACCUUUAUCAGGGACAUAAGCUGCAGAAGACCAUUGCAGAGAGUAUUGGGAUUGAUUCUUCUGGCAGAGGUGUCUUACAUAGUGGCACAGUGGUUGAGUUCACCCACAAAGAAGGUCACUUGAUUCCUGUGAGCCUAUGGUUGAGAUUGUUCUCCUAUGGAAAUUGUCAGCGGCUCAUUGCUGUUUUUGAACCAGUUGAGAAGUUCGUAGCCAGGAUACAUUUUGAUGGGGAGGGAAUCAUCCAAGAUGUGGAUGAGGUGGGUGCUGCUCUAUUAGGAGUACCUCUGGACAAGAAUGAACUGAUUGGGAAGAAGUUGGUGGACUUUUUCCCCACCAUUGCCUCACCAUCUUUACCAUCCCAGCCACCAGCUUCACCAUCCAAAGAGGUUAGUUGCAUGAAGCAGAUGCUCACAUCAAGGACAAUAGAUGGUAUUAAUACACCUGUAUCCAUGAAAAUCCUCCCUGAGGAAGAUGAAUUGGGGGAACUCAUCCCAGGGAGAUUUUGUGCUUUUGUUUGGACUUACUUGAAUGUGAGUGGUUUGGUUGUGUGGGAUGCUACCAAGGAUACUAUAGAAGAUAUCAACCCAUCUGUAUGCUCUCUCCUCUUUGGAUAUAAAACUCAGGAACUUCUUGGAAGAGUUGAUGGUGCUGAAGUGUUGAAUGGCAAUUUUUCAAGAGGAGAUUUUCAGAUGAUAUCAACUCCAGCUGCAAAAUCAGCCCGUCCCAAGGAAACAUCCUCCUGCCUCCAUAUACCUCCUGGCCGGUACUCCACACAGGCAAAGCACAAGACAGGACAUAGUGUCCUUGACAUGGUGUCCUUUCAGUUCCUAGAUGGAACAGCCACUCCAGAUGCAUUGAUCCCUGAGAAUGAGUUUGCAAGUGGAGAAUAUGGGAAGAAGUACACCAACCUUCAUGAAAUUGGACAGGGAGGGUUUGGCUUUGUCAAGGCAGCCUUUAGGAACUGCGAUCGUAGACUUGUAAUAACCAAGUUCAUAGAAAAGAAGAAAGUCUUUCGAGAGUCCUGGAUCAAGAGUGAUCAUUUUGGUAAUCGUGAUGUCCCUCUUGAGAUACACAUAUUGAGCCAACUCCAUCAUCCUAAUAUUGUGGAGGUAUUAGAUGUGUUUGAGACAGAGUUGCUGUUCCCAUUAGUGAUGGAGAAGCAUGGCAGUGGAAUGGAUUUAUUUGAGUUCAUAGAAAGGCACCCCAAACUUACUGAACCUCUUGUAUCUUACAUCUUCAGGCAGAUUGUGGAAGCUCUGAAGUAUUUGCACGGACAAGGAAUAGUACACCGGGACAUCAAAGAUGAGAAUAUCAUUUUGAAUGAAAAGUUUCAUGCCAAGCUGAUUGACUUUGGGUCUGCUGCACCCAUUUCCCCUGGGAAAUUUUAUUCAAAGAUGUGUGGCACUACUGAAUACUGCAGCCCUGAAAUACUUCUUGGUGAAAAGUAUGCUGGACCAGAAGCAGAGGUCUGGGCUUUGGGUGUCACUCUAUACACUCUGGUGUAUGGGGAGAACCCAUUCUUCAGCAUUGAGGACAUUAUUGAGGAAGACCUCGAGUUCCCUUGGGAUCCUUCUAAAGAAUUGAGUCAGCUCCUGCAAGGACUCUUGGAAAAGUAUCCAACCAGGAGGAUGAGUUUGGAGGCAGUAGCCCAACAUCCUUGGGUUCAGUUGCCUUUUGACCCCACUUCAGUCACCUUUGAAGAAGUCAUUUCCUGUGAUGCAGAUGAACUGGUUCCACCAAAGUAUUAUCCAAAGGAAAUACAACAGCCAAGGACACCAGGCUUCGGCAUGGACAGCUUCCAACCUUACCGUAGCCAUGGCGUCAAUGGUGCAACACCAGAGGCGAAUCUCUGUGGAGCAAUGCUUGUUCCUCCAAGCAGAAAUCCACCACUAGAAGUAGUGGUUGCAUUGGGGGUGGCUAAUCCACCAAAUGAGAACCCAGCACUGAGGGGAGCUAGGCCUACUGUGGCAGGUGUGGUUGUAACAUUGCUCUGUCCAAAAGAGAGUCCUGUAGGUGCACUGGAUGUUCCUAUGGGCCCUCCAAAUGAGGUCGGUGUGGUACCAGUGCUGAAUGUCACAUUGGCUGUCUUGGCCAGGGAGGGAAACCCCAUCCCUGUAGUAGAAGCUCCAGAGCCAGAGAGGACCAUGGCACCAGGUCCCACUAUACAAAACUCACAUCUCCCAGACAAGAGGCCACAUCCAGAAAAACCCAGAUUUGUGAGCUACAAUGCAACAUCCUUGGAAAGAAGUUACAAAUGGGAAGUUCUAACAGAGCCUGACCUUGGUGUGUCAAUUGAUCUCAUAAACUUGGAAGCAUAUGAACCACAGCCAGAUGCACAACUAGAUCCUGCUGAUGAGCGGCUGCUGGAAGAGGAUGCCCAUGCUCAGCAGGAUUCCAAGAGAUCCCGUCAUCAUGCCAAAAGUGUGUCGUGGCUCCGGAGGACUGAGUAUAUUUCUACAGAAUUGACUCGCUUCCAGCCACAAACUAUUGACAAGGUAGAAGCCAAGGUUGGAUACAAUAUCAAGAAGAUGUACAAGGAAGAGAAUCUCUACAUGGAUAAAGAAAGUCAAAUGAAGGCAAUUGACAAAACCUUUGAUGAUGCCAAGAAGCCUAUCAAGGAACACUAUAGCAAACCAGGUGUUGUCCCAGUGGAAAUUCUCCCUGUUCUUCCUGACUUCCAGCUAUGGAAGUAUCCAUGGGCACAAGUAAUUUUUGACUCAGACCCAGCUCCAUCUGGUCAUCCUUCAAUGCUGCAGCAAGAAGAAAUGUCUCAAGCCAUGAUCCGAGGUGUGAUGGAUGAGAGUGGAGAACAAUUUGUUGCAUAUUUCCUGCCAACUGAGGAUACAUUGGAGAAGAGGAGGAAAGAUUUUCAAGAAGGAGUGGAAUAUAAAGAUGAUGAGGAAUACGAAUAUCGGAUGGCUCGAGAAUAUAAUUGGAAUGUCAAGAACAAGGCUUCAGGAGGAUAUGAAGAGAAUCAUUUCUUCAUUUCCCGCCCUGAUGGAAUGUAUUAUAAUACUCUGGAGACCCGCGUACGCUUGACAAAGAGGCGGCUCAAGCCUGGAGCAAAGCCAAACAACACUCGUCUCAUUGUCACACACCGACCGCUGAAUAGGCAGGAGCACAAUAACCUCCGAAUGAGAGAGAAACAACUUGAGACAGGAGGUGAAGAUGAAGAUGAGGAAGAGGACCAAGAAGACAAGGAUAAUGAGAAAGAAAAUAAAUCAAGUUCCAGUGAUGAAGAGGAGGAGGGAGAGAAGAAAAGAAAAGCUAGUGCAAGUGAAGAAAGUGAAGAUGAGGGUAGUGGGAAAAGUGGAUCCAGUGAGGAGGAGGAUGAUGAAGGGAAGGAGAAGGCUAAACAAAAGAAGGCAGAACAUAGUGCAAAGGAUGGUGAAGGAAGUGAUAAGGCACAAGGCAUGAGGGGAGAAAAGGAGCAGACUGUGGAAUCUGUGAUAGCAAAUUCUUCCUUGCCUUUGGAGAAAAGGCUCACAUUUGCAGAGAAUGUAUUCUUUGCUCCUCGUAUGGAGAUCCAUUGGAAGGAGAAUUCGGUCUUGGAGUGCCUGUCAUCCCUCCUCCUUCAACCUGCUGAACCAUCUCAGCUGUCUGCCAUUGAAGAGGUCAUGCUUUCAAUUAAGGAUAUCCAAAAGAAGAUUCAAGACUUCCUCAUUAAAUACCUGUUCCAUCGAGACUUGCACAUGAGUUAUCAUCUUCUUUUUCUGGUGAUGCAGGGGAAAGAACCUCGCAGCCAGCUCCAGCCUCAUAUCCAAUUGCUGCUUAAGAUCUUGGUUGAAGCCCUUGGCAACUUAGAGGCUUCCAAAGUGUCCCAUAUUUUCCAAGUUCUGCUCAUGGGAUACUUUGGCCAGGUGAAAGAAGAAACACACACCCUACCCAAGGAAGCAAUGCUCCUGUUCCUCUUCCAUUUGCUUCGACUGUACCCAAAAGUGGAAGGGGGGACUGCCUUUGAGUGUGGGAAGCUUCCAAAAGCCCCUCCAAAGUUGGAAGCCCCUCAAUGCUUGUCCAUCCUGGCAGGAGUAUUUGAAAUGCUGCAACAACUGAAAGUCGAUCCUCUCAAAGAUGUAUGUGGUGGCACCCUACAAACCUGGAUCUCAGCAUUGUUGGAAAUUCUUCUGAAGGAGCCAUUCCAUCCUGUACCUGCUUGGUUUCAGGUGAUGUCAGAAGUAGGAUUGUUAGAUAUACGAUUCUUGGAAUCAAAGAUCUCACGAAUCCUUGCCCUUGGGAUGACUAGCAAUCAGAGCACUGCUCAGAGCAAAAGUGCACUUGCCCAUAUGCUUUGCACUUGUCUCAGUCAAUAUCACAGCAUUCGUCAAGUUCCAAAGCUUAUUGCAAAGCUGCUGAAUGGCCUGAGAGAUGAGAUCAUCCAGGAAGGACAAGCUAUAAAAAUUGCAGAGAUCCCUGAGGAGUUUUUAUUGCAGUUUGGUGAAUGCAUCAGUCGCUUGGCACCUGGGCAAAGCAUUGAGCUAUGGAAGACACUUCUGCAUUUCACAUCAGCCAAAGCCUUUCAGGAUGCUAACUUGUUAUGGGUGCAAGAGAAGCAUUUCCUAGUUAUGUCAAUGAAGUUGUUUGAAACAUAUAUGCGGCACGUACGUCUCCUGGACUGCUCACUCCCAUUGGCAGUGGCUAACCGUGUACCAGAGCAUAUGCAUCGGACACAAUGUGACACCUUACUGCAUCUGGCUCAAAAGAUCCUCCAGCAGGAACAUGACUGGGAGAUAAUGGGAGGAUUUCUCAACUUGAGUCACAGCUGGGGAGAGCUUCACACACUUCUUCAGACAUAUGACAAAGGGGAAACUGGUCCUAAAAUCAUGAAGGUUCCAGACAAUGGAGCAACAGACUUAUCUUCUGUGCACUCUCACAUCGAUGCAACCACUUGGGCCCAGAUUGCUUCCCGUGUCCUGAACUUUGGGGAUACUGAUUGCCAUAAGUUCCUGUAUAAACUAGUGGUCCAGAAGUUGAAGGCAAAUGAGUUACUUCAGGAAGUACCAGAUCUGGAUGCCAGGGCAAGUUGUCUCAAAUUUUUGACGGAACACUGUGACAAUCAUGGAGAGGAGAUGAAGCAAUAUGUGCCAUACCUUGCUGUCAUGAUGAAUGACUUCCAGCUCCUUGCCCUUGGGAAUGAGGUAGUGGCUGCACGGCUGAGGGCCCAGUCGGACUGGGGCAGAGAUAUCUUGGCUUCCUUCUGUGAGAUCCCUAUGCUCCAGAAUGCUCUUGUGUUUGAACUGUGUGCUCAGCUAGGACGCUCCAUUGCUCGGGUGAAGGGUAAGCACAAGGUCAGUGGCCUUUGUGCCAUGCCAGCACUAGGUGUUUUGAGCUUGCUUACAGAAGAGCAUGGAGUGAAGUGGGUCUCACAAGGUCAGACCAAGAACCCAGAACUUUUGGUUCAGGCCUGGGGAAAGUUUGCAGAGGUUAUACGUGAGAGAGAAGUGACUGGUGAGCUUCGGGUGAAAGACUGGACAGGGAUCAGAGGAACGCUAGAAGCAUUCCUGGACUUACCACUUGAGUACAUCUCACCUGAUAAUCAAAGCCUUGUUGUUCUUGUUCUCUGCCUCCUCCUGGACCAUAUGAAAGAGGUCAGGGAGGAAGAAGACUGGGUAAAGCCCUUGUGCUACCAGGUCAUGCAGGGGGCUAUUGGGCAUCAACAGUACAUCCCAUUAUUUCAAUGGGCUGACACCUCAUUCUUCUUUCUUUGGUUCACUUGGCAACAUGACCAGGUGGACGGAAGAGUCUUACGGGCUUUUGGAAAACUUGCCAGUGGAAGUAAGACUUCAAUCAAUUGCCUAGAACCAUUUGUAGAUGCCUUUAGGAAUGCUGCUACCAUCACACAGCAACAUUUGGAUGUGGCUGUUUCACUCAUUGUCCCUCUUUUCAAACAAUGGACUGCAAAAAGCGUGGAGAAGGCAAGGAGCCUCUUGAAGAAGCUGGUAGCAGCAGUUGAGGUGUGGAUUCUGGUGUACCUUGAGAGCCUGAGUGAAGAGACUUUGCAGUUGCAAACAGAGGAAACCCUGUGGGAAUGUGCUGAGGCUUGUCUUGCAUACCGGUUUCAUCGUUCCAAGAAGUCACCUCAUAAAUGGAAAAUACUUGGGAGUCUCUUGAUGUUUGCAUGCUCUUCCUCUCAUACAAGAGGAACUUUGGGGUUCCUGCAGCUCUUGAACACUCAUCAAGAUGAACUGAAGGAAGCACUUCCAUCAGAUUAUCCCCAGAUCCAAUGGCAAAUUCUUCAGAGACUCAGUCUAUGGGAUGAAGCUGGGAAGUGUCUUGAAUAUGUCUUUGUACACAGCAAGGAAGAUGAGCUUCAUGUGCUUUGUAAAACCAUGCUAGAAUUGAUGCGGGAGGCAGUUGAGUCUGGAAAAGAAGAGAAGGUGAGACUAGCGUUAUGUCCAUGGAAAGCACUCUUGCAAGCUUUCAUGCCUGAAGAGACCUUUCAAUUCAAAUGCAAUGCUGUGGAGAAAUUGUCUGUGAUGCUUCUGUUGCCUGAAUUAACCCUGGCAUCCCGAGUCCAUGUUCUCAAGUUCCUCUCUGAUUGCAUUUCUCGUGGAUCCGUGAAGUGGGAUAUGGGGCUCAUCUUGGAUUGCUUCCCAUGCAAGGAGCAGAUGGAGCAACAUUCCAUGAUUACCAUAAAUGCCCUCACAGCAUGUGGUGAUGUCUUGAAAGCUGUUCUGGGUCAGCCAAUGCGCAAUAGUAGAGUGCCUCUCAUUGUGGAGAAGCUGCGAUUUGUGAUCCACACCACCCAGAGAUAUGCAUUAAAUGGCAACUUACCUAUCAUGGAGGAAGCUGCACUCACUCAGUGUGCCAAUGAUAUCACAAGGCUUUUGGCACUCUUGAAGAAUAGUGCAGAAGACAUGAAGCGUGUUGCCCCAUAUCUAGCAGCCAGUAUCAUUGCUGGCUUUGUUGGUGGCACCUUUCCUUCAGCUAUUGAGAGUUCUCUGAUGGCAGGAUUGAUGAAUGUAUUGGACCUGUGUGAUGAGCAUGGAAUUGGGAUGCUUAGAGUCCAGCUCAAUCAUGCACCAAGAGAGGUGUUCCUGGCUGCCCUUGAGCAGUACCGCAAAUAUCACAAAUCAGCUGUGAGUUGCAACAUGGUGAGGACUUUGCGUUCUCAGAGAAACUUACAGCAAGACAAGGAGAAUGGUUUCAAGCAGGAGACAGCAACAUCAGGCUUGCAAAGAACAAGAAGAAAAAAAAGACCUUUGCAGGAGAAACUCCAGAAUCAGAAGAAAGCUGAGAGCUCCAGGCAAGAGUCGGAAUGCAGCCCUAGCAAAAACAAUCUUGGAGAGAACAGUUAUAAGAGAAAUGAAUCUCAUUCAAGUAGCAGUGAGGCAAUCUCAAGAUUGCAUCCUGCACAAAUUAACUUGGACAUCAUCCUCCAGAAUGUGGCACAUGUGAAGGAGAAACAAGAGAAGAAACACAAGAGUUACUCACAUCGCUCAUGCAAUUUAGGACCCUUGAAUCCAUUGAAGACUCCAGCCGCAAGAAGGCUGAGGCAUGUCAAGCAGUCCACUCCUCGGAUUGACAAGGAAGAACUUGAAGAGGAGUCUUGCUUUGGUUUUACCAGUGAUGAUAGUGACAUUUCACUGCCAGUGUCUCCUGUGAAGAAGGAUAGUGUUGUGGGGGAGUUGCAUCUGGCAAGCCCUGGAACAUCCUCAGUUGCAUCAUUCAAGUGCAAACCUUUUCGAGCCCCAAAUCAUAUCCCUUUCAGAUUCUCAGUGGAUGAUCUCAUUAGACAAAGGCAAAGAGCCCUGGCCUUAUCUCAUAUUCGUGGGGGCUUCUCAUCCCUGCAAGAUGAACAUUCCAGAUUUUCUUGUCUUGAUUCACAGACAUCUAACUCGAAUCAGACUGAGAUUACAAAGUCAGCAACUUUUCUCAAGGAGUGCCCUCUGGUUGAUGAUUCAGAUCAUGGGAAAAGCAAGCCUCUCAAAGAGGAAGGAAAGAAAAAUAGAAGUAGAAAGCCAAGGAAGAACAAGGAUGAAGAUUUGGGAAGUCCAAAGAAGAAAAAGAAUGAAGGUUUAAGAAAGCCAAGAAAGAAAAAGGAUGACAAUUUGGACAAGAAGUCACAUCCUUCCACAUUCAAGACACGAAAAAAGAAAGUAGAUCCUGCUGAAGUUGAGAGGUGGGCCUCGACGAUGAAUGCUCAGUUCGACGAGAUUGACAAGAUGGAACUCUGUUUUCCAUUGUUGGCGACGACAGACUUGAGGCGAGUGCGGAAGGAAGCACAGGCCUUGGCGACGAUGGCCUUGUCCAUUUGGGUCAUCACCUUCCUGUCACUGGAAACACGCAUGGAUAGACCUCCAGACCAUGGAGGUCUUUGUGAAUUGGGUUUUGCUUUGCACAAUCUUGCCAUCCAGCUGUUCUGCGUCCGAGGGUAA